CGCUGGCAUCACUGAGGUAGUGUGGGAACCGGUAGUAGCGUCUUCCGUGCUCCGUUCCACACGCCCAGCGGCGGUGUGGUGUGAGAAGAGCCCCGCGGCUUCCCCCUUCCCCAUCGCGGAGGCCAUGUUCCCUCCGGACUCCACCUGGAAUAUCUCCUUCGCCGGCUGCGGCUUCCUGGGAGUCUACCACAUCGGGGUAGCCAGCUGCCUGCAGGAACAUGCGCCCUUCCUCGUUGCCAACGCCAAGAAGGUCUACGGUGCCUCGGCCGGGGCUCUGACCGCCACCGCCCUCGUCAGCGGCGCCUGCCUCGGUGAGGCUGGUGCCAACAUUAUCCGAGUGUCAAAAGAAGCCCGGAAGAGGUUCUUGGGCCCCCUCCACCCAUCUUUCAACUUGGUGAAGAUCAUUCGGCUCCUCCUGUCCAAGACUGUGCCAGAUAAUGGACAUGAGGUUGCGGCGGGCCGUUUGGGCAUUUCCCUGACACGGGUCUCUGAUGGAGAAAAUGUGAUACUGUCAGACUUCAAUUCCAAGGAGGAGCUGAUACAGGCAUGUGUCUGCAGCACCUUUAUCCCUGUCUACUGUGGACUGAUACCUCCAACCUUGCGUGGGGUGAGAUAUGUUGAUGGAGGGAUUUCUGACAACUUGCCACAAUAUGAGCUGAAGAACACAAUCACGGUGUCUCCAUUCUCAGGAGAGAGUGAUAUCUGUCCACGAGACAGUUCCACAAACAUGCAUGAGCUGAGAGUCACCAAUACAAGCAUCCAGUUCAACCUUUGCAACCUCUACCGCCUCUCAAAGGCCCUGUUUCCUCCGGAGCCCCAGGUGCUGCGGGAUAUGUGCAAGCAGGGCUACCGGGAUGCACUGCAUUUCCUGAAGAAGAAUGGUCUCCUUAAUCGCCCAAGUCCUGCCGGUCCUCUUCUUGCCAUAGAAGCACCCCCAGGAGAGAAGAAAGAAGAAGAAAUGGAAGCUGAGGACCAACUAGAAGACAAUACAGCCCUUGCUGUUGUUGAAGAGCACAUCUUUGAACACUUGCCUCCCAGACUGAACCAAGCUCUUAUGGAGGUUUGUGCAGAAAGAAGAGGUUUCUUGACUGGCAUCACCAACAUGCUGCCUAUGCGUGUGGCCACGGCAAUGAUGGUGCCCUAUAUGCUGCCUCUGGAGUCUGCAGUUUCCUUCACUGUCAGGUUGCUGGAAUGGCUUCCCGAUAUCCCAGAGGAUAUUAGAUGGAUGAGGGAGCAGAUAACUGAAAUCUGCAACUAUCUUGUGAAGAAAGCCAAGAAGAAACUGGGCAGCCAUCUUUCAGCCAGGCUUUACUAUCACCUUGAGCUUGGAAGGCCCCAGAGCCUGUCUAUUUCUUCUGCCCCGGACUGCGGUGAAGCGCUGCCAAUGUGGAUGAGAAGCAACCGCUCCCUGUCUGAUGUCAUGAUGAAGUGGGAGGAUUACCAGCGCCAGCUCAUGAUGGGCUUACUCUGCAUCAAUGUGGACAUGCAGGCCUCCCUCUUCCCUCGGGAAGGGUUUCAGAUAAAGCUCCCACCUCUGGCCUGUGCAAAAGAGUGCCUGCCACUCUUCUGAGCCUGUUGCCAGGAGGGGUGAGGGUGGGUGGGAAGGGGAGAGAGUGCAGAGUGGGACCAGUCUCAUCCUUCAGCAGCAGGCUGCCCUGUGCUCCGUGUGCUGCAGAGGGAGUUUCCCUGGGAUGGAGACUGGUGGCAUCAACUGUAGCCAUUUGUUGCCCGCUGGGCCAGGCAAGGGAGUCUCUAAAGACACAUGUGGGCCGAUGCCUUGCUCUGGACUUGUGUUGAGGCCUUGCCAUUGCCCGUGGCCAGGCUGAUGCUUACCCAGCUGGGCUCUCCCAAAUAAUGCACUUUGAAUUGUUGUUGGCUUUUUACCGCCAAAUAAUCAGGAUGUAGAUGACGCUCUUGAGUUCAUACUGCUUUUAACUUCCUUGGUUUUUCAGAGCACAAGUCGUGAUUUUUCUGAAAUCAUCUGACAUCUCUUAACUGUUUGUGCUACUGAAAGAUGAAGUAGCCUCUUACCAAACCAUUUUUUCUCACUGCUUCCAAAUCUCCUCUUGACUUUUUGUCUUUGCUGAAGCCACAUCCUUUCCUCUGUCCUUAACUGCAUCCCCACUGGAAGCCAGAUCUGGCCCUGCUGCAGACUGCAUUGGCACUGCAGAAAUGUAGAAGUUAUAUAUUUAUCCAGAUUCAUGUUGUCAUGGUCUCUCUUGUAGCUUGAACUCUGAGUGUUAUGUAAGUCAUUGAGCUUGGUUUAGAGAACUAAUUUAGAAGGUUGUGAGUUUUUUGUUUUGGUUUGGUGUUUUUUUUUUUUUUUCCAGGGAAACAUGUUGAAUUUGAGGCCCAAUUCUUGUCACUCUGAAUGGAAUUUCCGUGAGAUUGCCCUGGAAAAGCUCAGCCUGACUAUCUCAGGAUCAGCUUAGCAGCUGAAGCAACAUGAAGUGCUUUUAGGAAGGUGAGAUAUUGUGCAGGGCAUGUUCUUUUUGCACAGCUUGUGGUGAAGUGUCACAGCAAGUGCUGGACAAGUGGCCUCUCUGACAGGGGUUGGGCUUAGUUCCUUAAGGGAUUGUACAGCUGAAGGAAAUUCCAACUGGAUGAUACAAAAGGGAUCUGCUAAACUGGGACUUGGCACUUGUCUGUUGCUCUAAGAGUUUGGAUGUUGAGGCUUUGGAUAGGGAUUUAGGCUUGUAGCUAUGCCAGCCUCACAGCUUGUUUGUCUCUGCAGCUGGCAAUAGUGAGAGCAUGAGAAGUGGGUAAGGAAGUUAGGAGUGCUGGUCACCUGCAGCCCACUUGGAACUGGCUACUUUUGUCUUGGCCCUUAAAAGACUGGAGCUAGCAGGUGUGUAGCAGGGCACUUGUAAGGCACUGCCUUACACAUGGUGGUUUGGUAGUUACUUUCUGUGCAGAAGUGUGAACUCUGUUCCUCACAGGGUGAGACAUGGCUUCCUGUUGGGAUUGCAUGGAUUUAAGCUUUAGUCCUCUGACACAAAACAGCUCCUGGAAUCUUUUUCCUUCAGCAUCUCUAGCUGUGUGAGACGUCUUCUACCUCUUCUAGCACAAACAGUUUGCAGCUGGCCUAUGUAAACACAUAUGCUGUCCUGCUCCCCAACAAAGACAGAAGAAACUCGUCAUGUAGCCUCUGCCUUUAAAGUGAUUUAUAAUAGACUCUCUUUUGCACCUUUGAUUUAGAAAGGGUAAAUAACCCCAGUUCUACUAACAGCUGGAGAAGUAGUGAAUCUGUGUGAGCAGUGUGAGUGAGGUGGUAGGUGCUACCACAGAGUUGUGCACUGGGCAUAAGUUUGAAUAUGUUUGUGGGGAAGGCUGAGAUAAGCAUCAGGACUUGUCUGCAAGCUGGGAGGCCAUAGUAUGGGCAGUUGCAGUGCUCACUGACUGCUUGGGAGAUGCCAGUGCCAGUAUGGACUCAUGACUUGGAGUAUCACUCAACUGCCCUUCCUGAAUGUAACCUACUGUGUAACACAAGGGCCUGCGUACAUUAUGAAGUGGGCCUGCACUUAGGCAGUCAGAUUUUUCUCCUAAGUGUUGCAUAGUCAGGGCAAGUAGGGAACAAGGAAGUUCCUACAGGAAGAGUUAAAAAAUGGAGGAUUCUGAAACCAGAAAAAGAAUCUUAGAUUACAAAACAAGUCAAUGUUGGGAUUGUCUAAAGCCUGUGGAAAAAGCUUGCUGCUAGAUGGAUGUAACUCCAUUUGAAGGGAACCAUCAACAACCUACUGUCAGUGGGAGCAGGAUGAACUUGAUGAAAAUUGGAAUUGAGAAAAGAUGUUUAUUUUGUGGUUUAGGGUGGGAUUUCUUUUCUUCCACUGCUUUGGGCAGCCUUCUUUGGGGAAAUGGCACACGCACAGCUGCUUAGGUUGCCAAAUGUGUCCCUAAUGCAUGCAGAGCAAUUGGCAAAAACAUAGAUAUUUAGUGGCAAGAAAUCAUGGCAUUUCAUCCAGAAGCAAGACAUCUGUGAGGGACAAAGAUGGAUAAAGAAAACCUCGUGCUUAUAAGUUGCUGCCCUUUUGAACUCUGCCUUGUUUGUGUUAAUAUAUGGGUGGAGAAAAUGAGGCAACCAUUUUUUUUUCCAAUCGCUUCUUCCUGGACGAGUAAAACCACUGAGUGAUUAUAUAAACCACUAAACUAUGAAACAAAAUUCCCUUGGCAACAGAGCAUGCUAAGAACUUGCAGCUUGGCAUCCUUAUACUCUGGAUCUCCUCUGUUCUUUACAUCAGAACUGAUUGGGCUGGUGCCACUGUCUGCCAGUGCUCUGGUCCAGGAGGCUUGCUGGUCCCUGGUCCAUACAUUUCAAGAGACAGACUGCUGUGCCUUGUAAAAGUUCCUGAGUUCCAGUCUGUGUGACAGCUCAUGUGUAGUUUAGUUUACUAAACAACAUUAACCUCUCAAAGAGAAGCUUUUUUUUUUUUUUGCACACUUCAAACUCUAACCACAAACCAAAGCCUGGCUUUAAACAUAAAGGUCUAAUUCUUCAGAGAGGAAACUCCUGUUUUCCCUAUGCUAAUUUUCAGGGUGUGAACAGAUUGUGGGAAAGCACCACUCAAUAUUAACCCUUAUUUUGCCUGUGUUUAUCCCCUGAGUGAUCCAAUAUCUGCUGUGUGGUAGCUUGUUGCCUUUAUAGUUUUCAGCUGUGAUAAAGGAACUGCAGAUCUGUCAAAAGUACCCCACCAUACCCUUCUCUUUCUUAGGGGAAGUUUCAUGUGUUUGCUUGAAAUUCUUGCUGCUCAUUCAUUACAGAUUGGGAAGGAUGAAGAAAGUAGGGAAGAUCUUGCUUGCUGAUGCAGAAAGAGAGUUGUGUUUGCUUUUGAAGAAUAGCUUUUUGUUAUGCAGUGCUGCCUUGUGCAGAUCAGACCUCCCCUCUUUGAAAUCCCUGGAAACCUGUGGAUUGAAUAUGGAGGGGGUUUAUUGUGGUAGUGCUAACUGGAAUUCUUCAAGCCUUUGUUCUACAUGUGGUUGCAUGAAUGGUCUUCUGGGCAAUAGUUGCUGAGUAACUUACACUAGGAAGAUGUGUGUCAGGCAGUCAUUUCUGCUGUAAAAUGUGUGGCUGGGCAGCCCAGUAGGUAGUUGUCAGGGCCUGCCUGCUCUCCAGUGGAUGAUGGUGGAGAGGUCAGCUUCCUGGACCAAACAUUCAUCUUGCAGCCCACGUCCAAUUGUCCUUAACAGCAUCCACUUGAACUCUGCAAGGGCCCCAACUGUUGCUGUUGUCACUGUUUCACAUAAAGGAUCUGUACAUUCAGGAAUCCACUUUUUUUUUUCCUCUUUCCUGUGAUACUACUUGCUGCUUUCAACAAGGCUAAUGGUGAACUUCUUGUGUCUAACCAGCCUCUAACCUGUACAACAGAGUUGUCUUCUGUUGCAUACAACAGUCGGUAUUAUGGCAUGCUCUGUAAACCACACUUUGUGUAUGGUACCUUGGGUUUAGUUUGCUGCCUGCCCUACUGCUAAGACUGAUGCAAGCUGGUUUUCAAGGGGUAGGAGAAAAUACUUCUAACCACUCUCUGUAGGACCUAGGAAUUGUUUUCUUGUGAUUUAUUGGAAGGCAACACUCAGCCCAGAGGAUGAAACAGAAUCUGCUGUCUGCCAGCACUGGGGUGUCCCCAGUAGUUACUGCAUAUUCCCCAGUGCUUUUGUCCAUGUUUAAAAGUUAAUCUAGUAACUUACCCCUACCUUAGAGAAGAGCUCUCACUUCAGCCAAAGUGGUUGUGAGAGAAAUACCUGAAACGGGGUGUGUGUGUUUACCUUGGAGGUCCAUUUCUGCUAAACACACACUAGAUGUGGUGGGUGGCAGGGCUGAGUGUUGCCCAAGUCAGAGGGCCUUUCCAACAGUUUUCUUGAGCUUUAUUUCCGUCUUCCCUGUAAAUUACUAAGAGAAUGGACCACCUCACCUGGCUGCUGCAUCAGCCACCUUCUUUGUGCCAAACACGCCCUGUGCCUUUACCUUGAUGGUGGGCUGCAGCCUGCCUGCCCUGUGGGGUCAGCCUUCUGGCCACAGCAGUGCUUGCUCCCCUCUCCUUUUCCUCUUUCCUCCUGCCUGUCUGUGGGACAGUGCUCUGUCUCCAAUCUGCAGGACUGUCUUCAACUGCACCCAUCACACUAUGUGGAUCCACAUCAGUCCUCCCACAGAGGGCAAGAUGUCUCUAGUUCCAAACUGAAGAAUUAGAAAUACAGCUUCUGAAACAAGUACCUCUUUCUUUGGGAGUUGUCUCUUCUCUUGAAAACAGCAUCUUCAGCAUCUCUUUGAGCUAAACAUAUCCUGGUACUCCACAGAGUUUGAGAAGACCCUUAAGCACACAAUGCACGUGGAGAUCCUGCAGAAAUCACUGAAGUCAGAGCAGCAACUAGACCAGCAAUAGCAUAUGCAAGUCACGUAGCAAUGUCACUAAGCAGUGUUCACAGACAUUUUAAAAGUUCAGUAUUAAAUUGUUGAUGCUUUUUUUCCCCCUCCUGUUUCUUUUUUUUCUAAUGUUUUGCUGAAGAAAAUGUCACUAUUUAUUUUGGCAGAAAUAUACCUUCUAAUAAAAACUUUCUCAAUCUA